AUGAUAAUAAGUAGCUCUGUGGAUAUUGUCAUUAUGUUUCUGACUUUUUUGAUGCCAAUGGCAAUGGAUGAUGAAUCUUAUGGAGAGUUCCGCCAAUCAGUUGGACCCAUUCUAACCAUCAACUGUACAUUUUUCUACGAGCACCCUUUGUAUCUAACUCUGCUCAUGAGUAUCCAGAGGAUUUACGCAGUGUUCCAACCGUUCAAUAGACAUUUCACAACUGGAAAGUUAUGGAUUUAUUGUGCAGUUAUGGCGGUUUUCUCCUGGAUAUCCCUGCUAAUCCCAUAUUUCUCUGAUUGUCCCGUGAAUAUCAACCAGAGAACUUUUAGUUUUGCCGUCGAGUGCCCACAACGUCACCCGGCACCUCUAACACCUCUACAACUCGCCCAGUCUUCCAACGGUCCCGUCAGAGACAGAGCUUUGAAAAGAUGCUCCUAUUCCAGUCAAUCUCCACCACAGCCUUUUUGCUACUCUAUGAAGUUAGCAGCUUUUUCAUCAGGAACUUUACAGCAGAAUACAUGUCGCUGUCUGAAGACUUGCGACGAUGGAUAUUCUACAUACGGUUGA